AUGGCUUCUCAAAUGGCCUCGUCAAGGCACUUGCGGAGGUCUCGAAUGUCAAGCCCAUCGCACUCCUCUACGCAACACAACGUGCAUGUGAAAACUGAAGCCCACGUAGGCGACUUGAAUGGAGACAUGGAAGAAGAAUGGACUGAGCCACCUCUACGAGCACCAGCACCCAGCUUUGAAGACUACAAAGGGCUAGAACGGCAUGGUGUACUGGAGCAUAUGGCCCCUCUAGGAACUUUCCCAGGUCAGAAGGUCAAAACGAGACUGAAGCACCACGAGCCUACGCGGAGAAUAGCACAUCUAAAGAAUGGGGAAGCAAGAGGGGCAAGGGAGGAGGUGAACACUCCAGAACCGGCACCACCAGUUGGAACAAGACGCUCUGAGCCCCGCAAAACCGAAGAAAGGCUCGGGAAGGUCUCAUCAUCUCGAGAAAGAGACCAGGAUAACGACUACAACCCAAAGGGUAGUGCAAAGACUACGACGAUUAAGGCAGCCUCAACACAAGCAGCACCUCUCGGAACCCCAACCUCACGCACGGGGGUCGGACAAACACGGUUACAGCAAAUAGUUGAGUCGGCUAUCGACCGAUCACGAGAGCUUGGAGACCCUGCGCUCGGUAUCGCUUUGAAGCAGCUGUAUGAGGAAAGCCUGAGGAAUAGUGUGGUAGCCGACCUUCUUGAAGCUGUGCUCUCUCAAAAGCCAACGUCGCAACAAACUGCUGAAUUUCAGAGCUAUAUCAAAGCCGCGAGGAAGCAGAUUAGAGCUACUGAUGAUCCAGCGAAGCAGUUUAAACAUUCAGCAUCAAAAUCAAUUUCGAGGUCUCCAACUGCCAAGAGUGCCAAAGUGGGUGUUGUACGCCACUCUGGUACCACAAAGGACCGAGCCAGUGCGCCUGUACUCAACAAUUAUCCUCCCAAUUCCAACAAUCGAUCUUCGAAACCAAAAAGCACUGAUAUGGAAAUGAAUGGAACCCCCUCCAAAGACGAGCGCCCCUCGAAACGAGUAAAGCGUUCGAAGAGUGCAUCAAGUGACUCGUCUCUCUCGUCAUUGGAUUCCGCUGUCGAAGACUUUGCUCCCGCCAUUGAAUUAUCAAUGCCCAGUGGAGCUAACGCUGUUACUCAUCAAGGACUGAACCAAGCUAAGCAGAAACCCGCGAUGGGGCCAAGAUUAGGAUCGUUCUCUACGCGACCUAUUGAUCCAUCUGUUAGGAAGCCCAUCACCCAACCUAGCCAUCUAACGCCGGAAGAGCUUAGUGCGAAGCGUAAGGAGAAAUUGACGCAGAAUUACCAAGACUACGUUGUUGGACACAGCAAGGUGCGAGCAGAUCCAAACCCAAUAAGACAGCCCCACUCGACUGCUCCUUUAGCCGUGUUGUCGGCGGAAGCACAGCAAGCACGAUUACGAAAUGGUGUCAACCAAAAGAGUAGAAGAGAUGAGCCAGAUUACCUCGACUCCCCAACAUCUUCUUCUUACGGCGAACUUCUCAUUCCGCCGCCGCCAGGUGCUUCCAGAGGGGCCACUCCGAAUCAGUUGGGUCGUCCAUCAAAGGGAGUUAAAAAAGCUGCACGAAUCAAGAUGUCUCCUCUCAAGAAGCGCAACGCUGUUACCGCUGGGAUCGGUCGCGCAGUAGAGUCCGAGAGCAAUGGAAACGCUUUCGGUUAUUAUGGUCGCAAUGAUGACAGAGAAGAUAAACAGAACUCGGACGUCUGCACAUCCUGUGGUGGCCCCGGUGAGCUGGUCUGCUGUGAAGGAUGUUGGCGCGCCUUCCACCAUUCGUGCUGGGACCCCCCUCACGGUAAAGAAAACCUUCCCGAGGGCGACUUCUACUGUUAUAAAUGCCGCGAUCGUCGCAACUUAUCACCGAACGCAACACCGCCCGGAGUCUUGGGCGGACUGUUUGGUGACCUUGUCAAGACAAAUCCCGUGGCUUUCAACCUUGCCAAUUCUGUCAGAGACUACUUUGAAGGGGUCAAAACCGGGGAGGAGGGCGAAUACGAGGAGGCUAGCACCGUCAAAGCAAAUAAGGCACGUGCUGGAUACGAAGAAGUCGCCAACAAUUUCAAGCUUCGAGAUAGCAAAGACAACACGGUCAUUUGUUUUCGUUGUGGCAAGUCUGCCCUAGACCACAAUGAGCUUGUCGCAUGUGACUAUUGCAAUCUAUCCUGGCACCUAGAUUGCAUCGAUCCUCCGCUUGCUGCUCCACCAGUGCGGCGCAACAAUGGUCGACCUCGCUUUACAUGGAUGUGUCCUAAUCACGUCGAAAACGAGCUGUCAGGCCUCGACCCUUCUCUUGUCAAAGGCUCCAAUCAAGUUCAACCAGAUAGCAGCCGCUCGUACAAGAUUCGUCGCCCCAAGAAAGCGAAUGUUGUCACGCCAGCUGUGCGUCGUGGUCUCAAGAACAACGGUCUCAUCGAGAUCGAGCUUGAUGUUAGUGAGGAGGAGACCAGGAUUGAGAAGAACGAGAAGGGAAAGGUGAUUUAUCGUUACCAAGAGAAUGGUAUCAAGCUGGACUUCAUUCACAAGGCGAAGCUAGCCCGCGAACAAGCGGCUCAAGCGAAGCAAAGGCUGGCACCGGUUCAAUCUCGCGCACCUACCACUAUCAUAGUCGCCAAACCACAGCAGGCAUCGUUCGAUAAGCGUCCUUUCUCUGAGCGCAAAGCCGCCCUGAACCUUGCUCAACUGGCUCAGUCUGAUGCGACGCUCAAUCCAGACAAGGUCAAGAACCUCAUAGGCACACUCAUUGCUGAGGCACCCAUUGGAGUCGAAACUCUUUACAAUUCUGGAGAUUCUGCCGACGCCGCUCCGAGUGAGCAGGAGAAGAAAGAUUUGCAGGCAUUGAUUGAACUAGCUCGCCGCCGCCUUGAUGGUAGCUCCUGA